AUGGAGACGGACCGCAGUUGGAUGUACAGGAGCCACACAAACGGGCUGCUAACCACAGGGUAUAAGGAGCAUGUGAAGGAGUUUGUCCGGUUUGCAUUACGGCAUCCGGCUUGUAUGAGUGGGGUACAUAUAAAAUGCCCCUGCCCUAAGAGAGGUUGUCGAAAUACAAGCUAUCGGGAUGUCGAUGAGGUGGAAUUCCAUCUAUUGAAGAAUGGGUUCGUGAAAGGUUACCAAGUAUGGGUUUUUCAUGGCGAGGGGAGCGUUUUGAACCCCCCUCCCCUUGCACAGUUACCAGAGCAGGAUGUUGAGUUCGACUAUGAACAUGAGGGGCCAGGUGAGUUCAGUUCCGCUCAAAGAAUGAUUCUUGAUGCGGCCGGUCCAGAAAUAACGUUUCCUGAAGAUGAGCUCCCGAAUGCUGAAGCUAAAAAAUUUUAUGAUAUGAUGCGUGCGGCUGAAGAAGACAUAUGGCCUGGGAAUAGAAGACAUUCUCCAUUUUCUGCAUCUGCUAAAGUGAUGGAUAUCAAGUGUCGACAUAAGGGUUCAGUAGCUUUAGUUGACGACGUAUGCGGAUUGAUACAGGAGCUGCUCCCGGAGGACAACAAGAUGCCAACGAAUUUUGCUAAAAUUAAGAAGCUUGUCAAAGGUUUGGGGUUGCCGGUUGAGGUUAUUGACUGUUGUUUCUAUAACUGUAUGAUUUAUUGGGGGGAGGACGUGGAUCUAACGCACUGCAAAGUUUGUAAUUAUGCGCGGUGGAAACCUGUGACCCACGGAAAAUCCACAAAAAGAAAGGCUAACGUGCCAUAUAGUAAAAUGUUCUAUUUUCCAAUAACUCCGAGGCUACAGAGGUUGUACGCUUCAAAAGCCACUGCUCGGCAUAUGACGUGGCACGCAGACCACGAGAUGGAGGGUGAUAAGAUGUGCCACCCGUCCGACUCUCCGGCUUGGAAACGUUUUAGUGAACUGCAUUCUGAGUUUGCCGAUGAAGGGAGAAAUAUCAGAUUAGGCUUAUGCUCCGAUGGGUUUCAGCCAUUUACCAAUUUUGGGCAGCAGUAUUCCUCGUGGCCGGUCAUUUUGACGCCGUACAAUCUCCCUCCAGGCAUGUGCAUGAAGGAUGAGUUUAUGUUUUUAACGGUUUUGGUACCAGGGCCUAGAAACCCGAAACACCUAAUGGAUAUCUUCCUACAGCCGCUAAUUGCAGAGUUGAACCAACUGUGGGAAUGUAGAGUCCAGACAUAUGACAUUCAUAAGCGUCAGAAUUUUCAACUAAAAGCGGCUCUUAUGUGGACAAUAAAUGACUUUCCCGCUUAUUCUAUGUUGUCUGGUUGGAGCACUGCUGGUAGAAAAGCAUGCCCGUACUGCAUGGAAAACACCGAUGCAUUCACACUGGAUAAAAGCGGUAAACAAUCGUGGUUUGAUUGCCAUCGCAAGUUUUUGCCUCCGAAUCACCAAUUCCGUCGAAAUGUUACUGAUUUCCGUAAUGGGAAACGAGAGGUCGGCAAAAGGUUUGCAGGGGUGAGAACUGGAGAUGAACUGUUAGCAGAGAUUGAUCGACUGGGGUUUAAGAAGGCAUUUGAGCCUGGUGCAAAAGUUACUAAUGCAUUACUGUCAAAAGAUCAUGGGUGGAAUAAAAAAAGUAUCUUUUGGGAUUUGCCUUAUUGGAGAACGAAUGUAAUACGUCACAAUCUCGAUGUCAUGCACAUUGAGAAAAAUGUCUUCGAUAACAUUUUUAAUACCGUUCUCAAUAUCCCCGGGAAAACGAAAGACCAUGCAAAAUCUCGUGAAGAGUUGAACGACAUCUGUGAUCGGCCAGGGUUAGCUAAAGAUCCGGCAACUGGGAGAUUUCCAAAGGCAAUGUAUGCUUUGGAUAGGGAUUCAAAACGAGUUUUGCUUGAGUGGAUUUAG